UUUUAAAUUACAGAUGUUAUUUGUCACCCUGAUGGCAGUUUACAAAGUGUCUACUGCUACAGCCUCCUGAUUUCUGGUACCUGUGGAGCAUGAACUGAAUCUUCAGAGAUGCAGCCCAAGAGGAACCUAUAACAUUAAGCAGAGUGGCCCCCAGUCAUCUUACCCAUGUGACUCUGCCUAUGACAACCCCGCCCAUCUUCACUGGACCCAAACAGGAGGAAGGCUGUUGGGGUACCUGGUGGUGGUGAUGCAGUGAGGGGAGGAGCCCAAAAGGGUAAAAGCUCAAAUUUGAAUGUGUGGUGCUGAUGCAUUGCCAGACAGUGAGGCAGCCGUGCUCAAGGCAGGCACCUUUCCUUGACCUAAGACUUUCAGGGAGCUAAGAAAGACACUCUGGAUUCCACCAUGGACAGCCUCCUGAUGAAGCAGAGGAAGUUUCUUUACCAUUUCAAAAACGUCCGCUGGGCUAAGGGUCGCCAUGAGACCUACCUGUGCUACGUGGUGAAGCGGAGAGAUAGCGCCACCUCCUUCUCACUGGAUUUCGGUCACCUUCGAAACAAGUCGGGGUGCCACGUGGAACUGCUCUUCCUGCGCUACAUCUCCGACUGGGACCUGGACCCUGGCCGGUGCUACCGCGUCACUUGGUUCACCUCUUGGAGCCCCUGCUACGACUGUGCCCGGCACGUGGCCGAUUUUCUGAAAGGGAACCCCAAUCUCAGUUUGAGGAUCUUCACCGCGCGCCUCUACUUCUGCGAGGACCACAAGGCUGAGCCCGAGGGGCUGCGGCGGCUGCACCGCGCAGGGGUCCAGAUCGCCAUCAUGACCUUCAAAGAUUAUUUUUAUUGCUGGAAUACUUUUGUGGAAAAUCGGGAAAGAACUUUCAAAGCCUGGGAGGGGCUGCAUGAAAAUUCCAUCCGUCUGUCCAGACAGCUUCGACGCAUCCUUUUGCCCCUGUAUGAGGUUGAUGACUUACGAGAUGCAUUUCGUACCUUGGGACUCUGAUACCAACCUCCAAGAAUGUCACAUACAAUGAAAUACCUCUGAAGAUAGUGGGUACAAGGACAAUCCUUCAAGAAUUCUGUUUUUCUUCAACUCUCACUUUCUUAGAGUUUAGAGAAAAAUACUCGUAUGUAUGACUUACAAAAAAAACGUCUUGAAAAUGGAGAAGGAACGGGGCCCACCGAGGGGAUGAUGCAAUAGGUGCAGUUUUUAAUGCCACAGCGUCCCCUACUGGGCAACGACAGGACUGCGGGGAGCGAGAGCGUCCGUAGGACUUCUAGGCCGCGGGGAACGCAGAGGUAAACCCUUAAAAGCAUGCUGAGGUCCGAAUGUGUUUAUAACCAGUGUCCUUUAUCAUUUAAUUCACUCUGAGUUAUCAGUGAUAUUAGUGAUAGGCUUUUCUACUCUUUUCCUUUGGGGUUCACUUCCAAGUGAACAAACUUCCAUCCAGCCAUGAUCGACAGAACCUGAGAGAAUCUGGGUGAUUGUAACCCCCAACUAUCUCUUCAAAGCAUUAAUCCAAGCAUAUGUUGUAUGUUUUAAUUGUCUGCGGCAUGUUUUCAUGUUUGUAUAUAAGAGGAUUUGUUCUGGAUAUGAAAUAUGCAUGUCACCUUCAGGCUAUUUUAAAACAGGAUCUUAAAAUGAAUAUGAGGACUGUGAGGAAGACACUCAAAAAGUGAGUUGAUGCCUAGAGUAAAAUCUGGAAACAUUCUUUUUAAAGUCCUUGAUUUAGAAACCACAGCCUCAAAUGUCCUAUAUUAGUAAAGGCUUAGAAGGGAGAUGCUUGGAUGUUGAGAAGAGAAAAAAAAAUCUGUUCUCUCAGAGGGUCUUUUAACGUCAACAGUGUGGAACAGGUCAAGAUUUUCUACCUUUUGUAUAUAUGUGACACCCCUCUCAGUAAAUGUUCACUAUAUAAGGUGUGACAGAAGAGAAUAAUAUUUGGGAGGAAAGGAUGGCAGAGCAUUGCAAGGAAACAGUGUUUUUUAUCCAGCAAGAUGUAAGGAGCCAACAUGGCAGGAGAGCAUCUAUUUGUCCCUACAACUGUCCUCGACUGUGAGAAUAUUCAGAAUAAUCCUAUCACUGCUCAGGUGUUACUUAGCAACCCUUGCAAUGCGGAUAAACAGAUCCCUCAGGACAAGUUGAAUGCCAUGCACAAUUGUACUGUUUUAACCUUACUGUACAUAAGUCUGUGAAUGAGUUAAAUAUGGGUGCUGGGACCAGUGAAUAGAAGAAUAAUCUGUCAACAAAUUGUGCUGGAUGACUGGACAUCCAUAUACAAAAGAACGAAUUUGGGCCUUACCACAUUCAAUAGGCAAAUGUGAACUCAAAUUUUAUCAAAUGACUAAAUGUAAGAAUUUAAACUAUAAAACCCAUAGAAGGAAACAGGUGGAAAACUUCAUGACCUUGGAUAUGACAACAGUCUCUUAAAUAUAACACCAAAAGCACAAGCAACAAAAGAAAAAACAAAUCAAGAAAUUAGAAUUCAAAACUGGAAACUUUUGUGCAUCAAAGGACAACAGUAAUAAAAUGAAAAGACAGCUCACAGAAUGGGAGACAAUAUUUACAAAUAAUAUAUCUGAUAAGAGGCUAAUAUCCAGAAUAUACAAAGAACUCUUACCACUCAUCACAAAAGACAAUCUAAUCUAAAAGUGGCCAAAAGACUUGAAUAGACAUUUCUCCAAAGAAGAUUUACAAAUUAUUAAUAAGUACAUGGCAAGAUGCUCAACAUCCUUAGUCAUUAGGGAAAGCAAAUCAAAACCCCAGUGAGGUAUCGCUCAUACCUACUAGGAUGACUCUAAACUAAAAAAAAUAGUUAACAAUUACUGGUAAGGAUGUGGAGAAGUUGUAACCUUCAUAUAUCGGUGGGUAGAAAUGUAAAAUUGUGCAGCUGCUAUGAAAAAAUUUGGUGGUUCCUCAAAAGUUCAAUACAGGAUAAGUAUCAUCUAGCAAUUCCACACUUAGGUCUAUACCCAAGAGAAUUAAAAACACAUUAAAACAAAAACAUGUAUGCAGAUAUUCAUAAUAGCCCCAAAGUGGAAACCCCCAUCAAUUGAUAAAUGGAUGUAUAUCCAUGCAGUGGUAUUUUAUUCUGUCAUAAAGAGGAAUGAAGUAUUAAUACCUACUACAAAAGGAUGAACCUUGAAAACAUUGUGCUAAAUCAAAGAAACCAGACACAAGAUGCCAUGUAAGAUAUGAUUCCAUUUAUAUGAAAUGUCCAGAUUAGGUAAAUCCAUACAGACAAAAAGAUUAAUGAUUGUAGGGGCUAGAGGGAAAAGGGAAAUGUAAGUAACUUAGUGGGUAUGAAGUUUCUUUUUGAGGUAAUGAAAAUUGGAAAUUUAGUAGCGGUGAUGGUUGCAAAACAUUGUGACUGUACUAAAAAAAAAACACUGAACUGUAUACUUUCAAAUGGUUAAAAUUUGCAUUUAUGUGUAAAUUUAUCAGUGAAUUUAUGAAUGUGAAUUUUAUGUUAUCUGUAUUUUGUCUCAGUUUUUUAAAAAGUCUGUGUGACUUUGGAGUCAGGCAAAACUGAAUCUGAGUUCUGGUUCCAUGUGACACUGGACAAGGUAUUUAACCUAAGCCUUACUUUCCCAUCUGUAAAAUGGAUAUGAUAAUGUUAACUUUUCACAUAUUUUGGUAAGUGUUAAAUUAGAAGAUAACACAAAACUGGUAUUUCUUAGUGCAUGUCAUUGAUCAUUGCCAUCUUUUCUGUUCGAAAGACAAAAUCUAGAAAUCACUCCUGACAACCCCCUCUGCCCACACAUCCAGUCCUGUAGACUUUGUGUGCUAAAAAUAUCUUGAAUUCCUUUACUUUUAUGCAUCUCCUCCACUAGCACCUGAAAGAAGACAACAGCAAUAAACAAAACUGACCUGGCACUCACAACCAGGCCAUAUUAUUUUCCUGUUGGAUAUAAAAUCUCAUAUUAUACCAGCUUCAGACAGGAUUAGUCUAGGACCUGAUCAAGAGAGAAAGCAAAGCCACUUCAUAAUUUGUCUGAGGCCCGCACAAAAUACCAGUCAUCCACUCUACUGGCUGAAAGGAAUGACUGCUGCCUCUUCACCAGUUACGACUUUGUCCUUGUUCUAGCCAGCCUUCCCUAAGGACUUAUGGACACCUGCAAUAAAAUGAGUUGUAAGAAAUACAUAUUUGGUCAUUUAGAUGACCAAAUACAUAUUUCCCAGUUA